AUUAAGUACUCGUAUUAACUAGAGUAAUUUAUGGCACAAAAACGAAUUCAAUUAGUCCGCCUGGUUGAAGUUCUCUCAAUUUUAAACCGUUGGUAGCCGUGGUGUUGUGGUUACCACGUGACAAAGUAACCUCAAAGAGUGUUAUUUUUUCCCUAAAUUUAUCGUAAAAAUGGGAAAACGCAGAAAGGGGCGUUGUGUGAAAAACAACACGAAUGUGCACAGCGAACCGGCGGAAGUGGUGCAAGCCCCGCAUUCGUUUGUCAUUCAUAAGGGGCUCCCGGGUGGCCACUUGUUAGAGCUUACGAAGGAUUUUCGUAAGGUUAUGGAACCCUUCACUGCUACUUCCCUUAAAGAGCGUAAGAAAAACACAGUUAAGGAUUUUGUUGCCGUUGCCGGUUUGUUGCACGUGUCUCAUUUAAUGAUUUUUUCGCGCACCGAAAUUGGGAUGUAUCUGAAAAUCUGUCGAUUGCCGCGAGGGCCUACAAUGACCUUCAAAAUCCACAAUUUUUCCCUUGCUAGAGAUGUGGUUUCAUCGCUUAAAAAACAAGCAGUGGUGGAGGCUGCGUUUAAACAUUCACCUUUGAUUGUUUUGAACAGUUUUACAAGUGAAGGGAUGCACCUUAAACUGAUGGCUUCAAUGUUCCAAAAUAUGUUUCCUACAAUUAAUUUAACAAAUGUUGAUUUGAACAAUGUGAGACGUUGUGUGUUGUUAAAUUAUAAUCCUACUACGAAAUUAAUUGACUUUAGACAUUACACAAUCAAAGUAAUUCCUGUUGGAAUUUCAAAAGGAGUGAAAAAAGUUGUCCAAGGCAAAGUACCGAAUCUGGCAAAAUGUGGUGAUAUUUCAGAAUUUCUAACAAAAUCAGGAAUGUUAUCAGAGAGUGAAUUUGAGGAUGAUCCCAGCAAUCAUGUAACGUUAUCUCAGAAACUUAUUUCAAGAGGAAAUAUUGAAUCUGGGAAAUCCUCUAUCAAAUUAACAGAACUAGGGCCAAGACUAACUUUACAGUUAAUUAAAAUUGAGGAUGGUCUACUGGAUGGCGAGGUUUUGUACCACGAUUUAAUCGAAAAAACCGACGAAGAGAAACUGGAAAUACAAAAGAAACGUGAAGCUAAAAGAAAAUUGAAAGAGGCGCGGAAGAAGACACAAGAGAAAAAUAAGGAAAAGAAGGAGAACAUGAAAAAGGAAUUAAAAGAAAAGUCACUUGAAGGAAUGAAGAAGAAAGAAUCAAAUGAGGAGGUUGCUGUUGAAGAUGAUAAUGAUGCAGAAUACUACAAGGAAGAGGUGGGGGAAGAACCCGAUAAAGAUUUGUUUACACAAUCGCAAAGAAAACCCUCAAGACCUGUUCAGUUCAGGAAGAGGAAAUCAAGCGAAAAGCCGCCUAAUUCCGCAAAAAAAUUCAAACGAAACGACGGAAAAAGCACUAGACAUUUACAAAAUCGUGACCAGCGACCAAUCGGUGGCCAAGCCUUUGGGAAAGGGAAGGUAAAAAACAAACGUAAUUUUAAAAAAUGAUUAUAAAUUUAUUUCAAAUUGGA